GAGCACAGACCCUCGCGGCAUGGAGACGGCAAGCGGACGACAGCGCGACCUUUUGCCUCCCUCGCACGCCCGCCGCCCCCUCGCGCUCUCGCCGCGACCACCACCCAGCUGCGCGCCCCGAUGCUUCCCCGAGGAUGAUUGUACGGUAUCGCCAUUUGCUCGCGACCAGUAUUCACUCCGUGCCCUGAGCUCGAAGCGCACGCAGGAGCUCCCUCGACCGCCUUACAAAUCCCACCAUGCCUGGUCUUCCGUCUACCGUCGACCUCGACGAAUGUAUAUCGCGCCUGUAUAAGAAGGAACUACUGGCCGAGUCCGUCAUCGAGGCGAUAUGCGCAAAGACGAAGGAGCUGCUUAUGAAGGAGAGCAACGUCGUGCACAUCAGGGCACCCGUCACCGUUGUCGGCGAUAUACACGGACAGUUCUUCGACAUGAUUGAGAUCUUCAAAAUCGGAGGCCCUUGUCCGGAUACGAAUUAUCUCUUUCUCGGCGACUACGUCGACCGCGGGCUUUUCUCCGUGGAAACUAUCUCGCUGCUUGUAUGUCUCAAGCUGCGCUACCCGCACCGAGUCCACCUCAUCCGCGGAAACCACGAAUCUCGCGGCGUCACGCAGUCAUACGGUUUCUAUACGGAAUGUUCACGAAAAUACGGCAACGCAAAUGUAUGGCACUAUUUCACCGAUAUGUUCGACUUCCUUACACUGUCUGUCGUCAUCAACGACCAGAUCUUCUGCGUACACGGCGGCCUUUCUCCGUCGAUACAUUCAAUAGACCAAAUCAAGAUCAUCGACCGGUUCAGGGAGAUACCCCACGAGGGGCCCAUGGCAGAUUUGGUGUGGAGCGACCCGGACCCCGAACGAGACGAGUUCUCGCUAAGCCCAAGAGGAGCGGGGUACACUUUCGGAGCUCAGGUGGUGAAGAAGUUCUUAGAGGUGAAUGCCAUGUCCCACAUACUGCGGGCACAUCAAUUAUGCCAAGAAGGCUUCCAGGUGUUAUAUGACGACAGAUUAAGCACAGUCUGGAGUGCCCCAAACUAUUGUUACCGAUGCGGCAACAUGGCGAGCGUGCUAGAGGUCAGCGACACUGGGGAGAGAUUCUUCAAUGUCUUUGACGCAAGUCCUGAGAACGAUGUGCAUCGGGCGGAACAGCAGCAACAGCAGGGGAGAGAGGUUACGACCGAGUACUUCCUUUGAUACCCUUGGCAGCUACAAUGAAUGAUACCCUUCCCAACGCUCAAUGCCGUCAUCUGUCAUGAGAUUGCCUCGACCAAUGCAUA